GUCAGAGGCCGAGCCUUUCAGAGCUCAUUCGUUUUGGAACAUUCGACCAAAUCAGAAGUCUAUCUAGCAAAAAAUAAUUCAUUUCGAUUUUUUGUUAGAUAUUUUUGUACUCAAAAAUUAAUCGUUGUUCUGUCACUGCGCUCACAUUGAUUGUCAGUCAGUAUGGAUGGAUAUUAUCAAGGCAACAGUGGUUACUUCAACAGCAGCGGCUAUUCGCAGCGGUCCGUGAACAAGAACUACGGAUCCUGCUGCAACUGCUCCGGGGGUAACUGCUCUCGGAUGGGUGCUGGGGCCAGCCAAAUGCAAAGCCAGAGCAUGAGCCAGCUGAGUUGUCCUGGUGGCAACUGUUGCCCCGGCGGACGAUGUCCAAUUGGGAAAACUCGCUUCCAUUCCGACUGGCAGAAUCGUGGACGCUAACGCCCAAGAGUUGGCGAUUCUAUAUGUGAGCCUGACAGGACAAUGACGUGGAGUCACACACACAUUCUCAUCCGUAGUAAUGGACAUAGAAUACCGUACGACGUUUAAUACAUUCGUAAUGCACAUUCAGGCUCGGACUGGCAUUAAGGCCAUACCCUAAUCGCACGCGGUUACGUGGAUUCCAUCCUGUUUUCAACAUUACUGUAUAUGACAGUAUAAUAUGAAACUUAUACUAACCCCUGCCGAAAGAAUAUAAAAAAAACUUGUCCCUGACUUAAAUUUAAUGUAACACAUAACACAUUAAUAGCAGAGUUAAUAAACACUAUUUC